AUGCAGAUACGAAAGCUCAACAACCUUGGCUAUAGUGUUGGCUUAAGAGCAUUAGAGUUAACUUCUUUGAUAGAAAACUUCAACAAAAACAAUAUGAGCUCUUCUGGAAAAUCGAACGUGUCCAAAAGAGAGAUUAGGAUUCUAGAUAUGCUACAAUUCAUAGGCUCUAGCAUCUGGAAGACUCUCUUCGACAAGCCAUCGGACAAUUUGGAAAAGUCCUCCGAAAAUGAGAACCAGUACAUGAUCAUUGACAAUAAUCCUGUGCUAUCGAGAUUUAUUUCUGUUCCCAAAGAAUAUGAAAACUUGAAUUGUGAAGCGUUUGUAGCCGGGAUUAUCGAAGGCAUAUUGGAUAUAUCCUAUUUUAGAUGUGAAGUAAGCGCGCAUAGUGUUCCGGCUGAAGGAUUUCCAAAUCGAACGGUCUAUCUAAUCAAUUUUGAUGAGAGUGUCAUCAAGCGAGAAUCAAGAUUAUCAAGGAAAUGA